AUGACCAAUGUGGAGAUAAGGUCGGCUCUCCAAACAUUGAAUCAUGUUAUAGCGACUGAAGUCACUAGGUAUACUAGAGCUUAUGUGAACCCUAAUGCAAGUACAUCUGCUUCAAGGAUUAGGGAUUUCACAAGAAUGAAUCCCCCUAUGUUCUAUGGUUCCAAAGUGGAUGAAGACCUGCAAGGGUUUAUUGAUGAAGUGUUUAAGGUGCUUGAUGCUAUGGAUGUGUCUUCACAAGAGAAGGCGGAACUAGUCGCCAACCAAGUGAAGGAUGUGGCCCAAAUUGAAGAACAAAAGCUCAAGCAAGUGAAUAGAGAAGUGAAGAGGGCAAGGACCGAUGAUGGGAAUUCUUCUAAGGGUAAAUUUGAGGUUAAAGGAAAACCAAGGUUCAAGAAGAGGCCUAGUUGUGAAAAGUGUGGCAAAAAGCAUGAAGGCAAGUGCCUAGUUGGCAUGGAUGGUUGCUUUAGUUGUGGAAAGAGCGGUCAUAUGAAGAGAGAUUGUCCCAUGAUAAGGGCUCAAGGAAGAGAGGGCAAGCAAGUCCCCCCUAGUGGCUCAAAUUCCGAUGCUCCCAAGAAGAAUUGCUUCUAUGCUCUCCAAUCCCAAGGGGACCAAGAGAGUUCCCCAGAAGUG